CAAAACUCAACCCUAAAGAAAACAAAGAGAACUCUCACACAACAAUGGGUAAGGGUAAGCUCAAAGGAAAGCAUCGUUUGGAUAAGUACUACAAGCUCGCCAAGGAGCGCGGCUUCCGCUCCCGUGCCUCCUACAAGCUCAUCCAGCUCGACGACAAGUACUCCUUCCUCCACAAAUCCCGAGCCGUCCUCGAUCUCUGCGCCGCCCCCGGUGGUUGGAUGCAAGUCGCCUUCGAGAAGGUCCCCGUCGGCAGCCUCGUCCUCGGGAUCGAUCUCGUCCCCAUCAAGCCCGUCGGCGGCUGCGUCGCGAUCCAGCAGGAUAUCACGAGGCCCGAGUGCAGGUCCAAGAUCAAGCAGGUGCUCGAAAAGCACGGCGUCAAAGCUCUCGAUCUGGUUCUUCACGAUGGGUCUCCGAACAUUGGUGGUGCCUGGGCUCAGGAGGCGAUGAGCCAGAACGCUUUGGUUAUUGAUUCUGUGAAAUUGGCUACUGAGUUUUUGGCUCCUAAUGGGAAUUUCAUCACAAAGGUGUUCAGGUCUAGAGAUUACAACUCUGUACUGUUCUGUCUUAGGAAGCUGUUUGAGAAGGUUGAAGUGUUUAAGCCGCCGGCUAGUCGUUCAGCAUCUGCUGAGACGUAUCUUUUGGGUUUGAAGUACAAAGCUCCUGGCAAGAUUGAUCCUCGUCUUCUUGAUUUCAGACAUCUAUUUAAGGAGGCAGCUGAACCUACAAGAAAGGUUGUGGAUGUUCUUGCAACAUCGAAGCAGAAGAGGAACCGUGAUGGGUAUGAAGAUGGAGAGUCCAUUUUGAGGAGAGUUGCAUCUGCUUCUGAUUUCAUCUGGUCUGAGAAUCCUCUUGAGGUUCUUGGCACUGUUACUUCCAUAUCCUUUGACAAUGAAGCCUCUCGACCUUUAAAGGAACAUGAGUUGACUUCAGAGGAGAUUAAAAUUCUUUGCGAUGAUCUUCCGGUUUUGGGGAAGAAUGACUUCAAGCACAUCUUAAAAUGGCGAAUGCAAAUCAGGAAAGCUCUGACUCCUGAGAAAAAGGAAGUAGCUAAAAAGGAGCCUGAAGUGGAAAAGGAAGAGGAAAAUGAGGAUGAUAAAUUACUCAAUGAAUUAGAAGAGCUGACAAACGCAGUAGAUCGCAAGAAGAAACAAGCAAAGAAGCUUCUUGCAAAACGACGCGCUAAGGAUAAGACACGUAAGGCGACUAAUCCACAGAUAGAUGCACUUGAAGAUGGUUACGUGGACCAUGAUUUGUUCUCUCUUGCUGCUAUCAAGGGAAAGAAAGAUCUUAUGGCAGUUGACAAUGAUGAAGAUGAUAAUGUCAAUACCAAUGACAUUGAGAACGAAAACCCUGGUGUUGUAGUCUCAGAUGACUCCGAGGACAGUGGCCUAGAUUCUGAUGAAGAACGUAAGAGAUACACUGAACAAAUGGAAGAGGCUUUUGAUGAGGCAUAUGACCGGUACGUGGUGAAGAAAGAAGGAAGCGCAAAGCAAAGGAAGCGUGCUAGACAGGCACACGCUGAAAAGCUGGAGGAGGGUGAUGGAGAUGAAGAAAUGAAACUAGAUUACGAUUCAGACAUGAAUGUAGAGAUGGAUGAGGCGAACCCUCUUAUGGUGCCACUUGAUGAUGGAGAGACCCAAACAAAAGAGGAAAUAUCCAACCAGUGGUUCAGUCAGGACAUCUUUGCAGAAGCGGUUGAAGAAGGAGACUUGGGAAAAGAUGACAGUGACGACGACAUGCCAACUAAGAAGAACUUAUCUAAAGCCGAGAAGAAGAAGAAGAAGGCGAAAGCAAGCGUGUUGUCUGAUCAGACUUCACUCGCUAGCUCUAAGAAGGAAGACGAUUUCGAGAUAGUCCCUACGCCAGUCACCGAUUCGGACUCUGAUUCAUCCUCAGAUGAUGACGACGUUCAUACAAAAGCCGAGAUAUUGGCCUGCGCCAAGAAAAUGCUGAGGAAGAAGCAGAGAGAAGAGAUGCUCGACGAUGCAUAUAACAAGUACAUGUAUGCUGACGAAGGUUUUUUGCCCAAAUGGUUUUUGGAUGACGAGAAGCAGCACAGACAACCGAUGAAACCCGUCACGAAAGAAGAAAUCAACGCAAUGAAGGCUCAGUUCAGAGAAAUCAACGCUCGUCCAGCCAAGAAGGUGGCAGAGGCCAAGGCAAGGAAGAAGAGAGCCGCAGCGAAAAGAUUGGAGAAGGUGAGGAAGAAGGCAAACGUAAUAUCCGACACAACGGAUAUAUCAGACCGGUCAAAGGACAAGAUGAUAGACAAGCUGUACAAGAAAGCAGCGGAGCCGAGGAAGCCGAAGAAAGAGCUGGUUGUGUCAAAGAAAGGAGUUGGGGUUAAGGUUGGGAAAGGACAGAAGAGAGUGGAUAGGAGGAUGAAGAGUGAUGCUAGGCAACGUGGAGGAGGCAAGCCUGGUAGGAAGGGGAAAAAGAAUGCCUCUGGUAAUAAGUCAGGCCAGAAAAAACCGAGGGGUAAGAGACCCAUGGGCGGCGGUUAAGUCCUCGAUGGUUCGGAUGUGUCGCAAAAGGAAGUUUUGUUACCGUGUACCGUCGUAGUCUGGUAUAUCUAUUUUGAGCACACUUCUUGACGUUGUUUUUUAAUUCUUAAAUCAGUACUUUGUGUUUUUUAUCGAGUCCCAAGUUAAACACUCACUGGAACUCUUAUCUUGUUUAUGAAGAGGUACCGUAAUGGUAAUGCUUUCAAUA